AUGACCAUAUGGGCGGAAAUGAAAGGCAAAAUGGGAGAGUGGAAGGAAUCAAGUAUGAAAGGAAAAACAGCAAAUAGCGCAGUACUAAAGUCUUAUGGACGAUGGAUAGGACUGGUGCAAACUGAAGAUCAGAUAUCAGUCGCUGGGUUCAAGAUCUUCAACUCAGGGGGAGCAUUUGAAAUCCUCCUUGGGAAACCGCGGUUGGUUAAAAAUAAAGCGGUUCAUUACUAUGCAAUGGAUACAUUACAAAUGAAAACUGGAGACAGAAUUACAACAUUGCACAACAACAAUGAAAGGAAUACAACAAGGACAAACAAGAUCAAUGAGACAAAAAACAAAAUGAUGAACCUGAGAGAAGAUGAAAUAGAGGAAGACAAGAGAAAUGGAAAAGAGGACAAAGAGGAACAGGACGGAGAAACAGAUAAUGAAGAAAAGGAAGGAAAUGAAGAACGAGAAGAGAGAGCGACUGAAAAACAUGGAAGUGAAGGAAACGUAACAGAACGGAAAGAAAAGGAGAAAUGGGAAAGAAGAGGAUGA